AUGGACCCAUUCGAAGUCAGGAUGCAUUUCCUCUCCCUCCUACGGAGGCUCAACGCCUCUCAACAGUCUAUCCAAAAAGUAGUUGCAUAUGCACUCAAAUAUUUCUCCCGAUGCGGUGAGGAUCUCUGGGACUGUGUUGUUGAAGAAUGUCAGAAGGGCUCGCUGAAUACUCGAAUAAAUAUUCUUUAUUUACUCGACUCUUUGUGCGAGACAUCUCUUCUCAGCAAAGCGUCGUUCGGUCCAUCAAAUUAUAACAACAAUCUCUAUGUCGAUUUCGUGGCACGCGAUCUCGCGAUGAUCGUUGACUAUGUUGUUCCUCAGAGCAGAGAGGGGCUAAUUAACCUUAUGAGCGCUGUCCAGAUUCUGGAAAAUUGGCGUAACAAGCGCAUAAUAGAUCCACAAAAAAUCGACGAUGUGCUUGCCAAGCUUGAAUCGCAAAAGGCGGGCAUGCAUGCUGCAGCUAUGGUCUCGGAUGUACAGGUCGCGUCUGAUGCUGAGAGAGAAUCCUUGACAUUUUCGCGACCGGAAGUCUUCAAGCGCAUUGAGGAAGAUCGUGAGCGACACAAACGCUUACGAGAGCGUCGAUGGGUCCAGCCUGUCUCGCAUAUGCAGGCAAUGCCGCUGUUAGCGUCGUUCGCACCAUUACCCCCCGAUCAAUCUCCUGGCGCUGUCCCCGCUUCUUCAAUUACUCAAACCGAUACUGUGGCGGGCACGAUUGACCCCCCACUCCCUCUCGACAUCGAAUUCGACAACGAAUGGGAGACGACGAGUGAUUGGAACGAAGAUGACGAAGAAGCGAUUGCAGAGGAGAACGCGUUGUGUUAUCCGAACGCUGCGACGCGACUAGGUGGGAAUGCUGAAAUCCCCGCUUCUCUUGUAUCCGGUGUCGCGCCAGUUAUGGCGAAGGCUCCUAGCAUUGCGGAAGAAGAAAAUGUGUCUGCUCAAGCUGAGCCACCGAAGAAACGAAUCAAGAUCAUCCGGACGAGGUGGCCUGUUACGAAUGAUCGGAGGGAGACGUGA